AUGCCUCUCGAAUACUUGUCAUCAAGAGGCUUCCACAACGGCCAGUAUCAUACUAGCCAGUAUUGUUACUCAACAACUGAGCAGAACAUUAGGGGGCUCUUGACUCAAACAUCAAGCCAAGGUUCACGCUGUGGCGUGAAGUCCAUAUAUUUUGAGCUUAUCAAUCUUCACGCCAUGCCGAACUCCCCACGCUCAUCGCCCAAUGGGACUCACCCCAGACUCAUGCCCCAAGUCACCGGUGGCCAGGACGGUGAAGUCGCUUUGACAUAUCAGGGAGGCCUUAUAUCCGCACAAGCUAUGAAUGCUGUCACAGAGCAAGUAACCUUGAAUCACCCUCAGCCCAAUGCGCUGGACAGACUCGCAAGAACUCAACCCGCGACAGGCGGAACUUUCGGGCCGCCCUUUCUGACUGCAGGGUCGGGCCUGGACCCCGGAUGCGCUCCGCUGGAUGAUAACCUCCCGACUGGCACCUCUGGCCAGAUUUGGCCUUCGAUGUUUUCCACGGCUGAUAGCGAUCCCCAAGAGACACCGAUAUCCUAG